AUGGUGGAUGCUGGCAAUGUCGAAGUGGUGGAGAUGGAGGGUGCUAUCAAUGCCGAGGAAAUGGUGGAGAUGGAGGAUGCUCGCAAUGUUGAGGAAGUGGUGAAGAUGGUGGUCGGGGCUCUUGAGCCAGGCUGUCAUACAAUACCCUUGGAGGUCGACGAUUACAAGUCUCACUACUACCGUCACUCCAAGCGCCUCCAGACUCGCCAAGACGCCCUGCCGCCUUCGUUGCGCCGUUCUUCCAAGGCCUUCUCCCCCGCCGCCGCGUCGCCUGAGCAGCUCCGGCUACCGCGGCGCCCCGGCGCCCGUGUCCGCCCUUCCGGCACGUUCUACACGGAGAUCCGCUCCGGUGGCGUGCGUCUCGGUCUCGGGACGUUCAAGACCGCGCGCGAAGCCGCCCGCGCGUACGACGCGGCGGCGUGGCGCCUCUCCAGGCCACGCUCGCAGAUGAACUUUGACGACGCGCGGACGUGCCAGCAGGCGCAGGACCUCGCGCCUCCGCCGCGGCUAGUAAGCGACGAGGACCGUCAUGAACACCGCAGACGGCAGCACCGCCUCAUCAUCGCCGAGGCGGACGAGCUAGCCAUGCCGGAGUGGCGCCAGCGCUACCCGCAGGACGUCGCCGACAAGAACGCCUUCUGGGUGGAGCGUCGUGUAGACCGGGCGGACAGGCGUCGGCGAAAGACACUGGCGAUAUUGCAGUGCGAACUGGGACAUGCGUCGUUCUUUGACAACAACGAUCCUCGGUGGGAUGACGCGUUUCUGUCGACGUCGGACAACACCACCGAGGAGGAGGACGACUCGGAGUAG